GGCUGCUGGCGCCGAGCGCGCCCCGGUCCUUUCGGAAGAAGUGUCCCCCUGCAGCACUAAAAGUUGUAACUUUUGCAGUACUUGUGACAUGAAGGAGGACCACCAGCAUUUUGAAGAAACUCUGUCACAAGUACAGCUGUAUCCCUGAAGAGUGCCAGAUUUACUGGAGACUUCUUCCCAAAGCCUGCUUGAAUUGGAACCUGUAAAUUUUCCAAAAGCUUCAUAAUGGAGUCCUUAGUAUCCAGAGGAGAUUAUAUUAGAUAUUUCAAAAGAUCUUUAUUGCUGGUUUUAGUAUGUGUAAUAGUUCUUGUGUGCACUGCUCAGGACUACUAUAGUUUACUUGGAGUAACCAAAGAGGCAAGUAGUAGAGAAAUACGACAGGCAUUCAAAAAACUGGCAUUAAAGUUGCACCCUGAUAAAAAUCAGAAUGAUCCAAAUGCACAUGAAAAUUUUUUGAAAAUAAAUAGAGCAUAUGAAGUACUUAAAGAUGAAGAUCUACGGAAGAAGUAUGAUAAAUAUGGAGAGAAAGGUCUUGAAGAUCAGCAGCAAGGAGGUCGUUAUGAAAGCUGGCACUUUUAUCGCUAUGAUUUUGGUAUUUAUGAUGAUGAUCCUGAAAUUAUAACGUUGGAUAGAGGAGAAUUUGAUGCUGCUGUUAACUCAGGAGAACUGUGGUUUGUGAAUUUUUAUUCUCCUCGAUGCUCCCACUGCCAUGACUUAGCACCUACGUGGAGGGAGUUUGCUAAGGAGAUGGAUGGAGUAAUACGCAUUGGAGCUGUCAACUGUGGAGAUAAUAGAAUGCUUUGUCGAAUUAAAGGGAUUAACAGUUAUCCCAGUCUGUAUGUUUUCAAAACUGGAAUGGUGAGUGAUAAAACUUUUAGAAGCACUUUUAGGAAGAUUGAAAUCUGGAAGAGUGUUAUUAUUUCUCUAAUACUUGUUCAAGUCACUGAGCUAUGGGCAGGAAACUUUGUUAAUGCCAUUGAAACUUCAUUUGCUUCUGGUGUUGGUUGGCUGAUCACCUUCUGUGCUGAACGUGGGGAUUGCUUGAGUUACCAAACACGCUUUAAGCUAGCUGGCAUGUUGGAAGGUCUUGUUAAUGUAGGCUGGAUGGACUGUGGCACCCAGGGUGAGCUUUGUGAUAAUUUAGAUAUCUCAUCUAGUACUACAGCGUACUUCCCACCUGGAGCCACCAUAAAUAACAAAGAGAAAGGAGGUGUUUUGUUUCUUAACUCCUUGGAUGCCAGAGAAAUAUAUCAGGAAGUAAUGAAGCAUCUGCCAGACUUUGAAAUUAUCUCUGCAGCAUCAUUAGAGGACCGUCUGGCUCAUCACCGAUGGCUGCUUUUCUUCCAGUUUGGGGAGAGUGAUAAAUCAAAUAUAGAGGAAUUUAAGAAACUUAAAUUUUUGCUUAAAGAUGAACAUAUUCAGGUUGGCAAGUUUGACUGUCUUUCCUCACCAACUAUCUGCAGUAAACUGUAUGUCUAUCAACCUUGUUUAGCUGUCUUCAAAGGAAAAGGAACUGGAGAUUAUGAAAUUCAUCAUGGAAAGAAGAUCUUAUAUGAUAUUGUUGCAUUUGCCAAAGAAAGUGUCAACUCUCAUGUUAUUACACUGGGACCUCAGAAUUUUCCUGACAAAGAGAAGGAACCAUGGCUUGUGGAUUUCUUUGCACCGUGGUGUCCUCCUUGUCGAGCUUUGUUACCAGAGCUGAGGAAAGCAUCAAAACAUCUUUAUGGCCAGCUUAAAUUUGGAACACUAGACUGUACUGUCCAUGAAGGACUUUGCAACAUGCAUAACAUUCGAGCUUAUCCAACAACAGUUGUAUUCAAUCAGUCUGAUGUUCAUGAAUAUGAAGGACAUCACUCUGCUGAGCAGAUCUUGGAGUUUAUAGAGGAUCUUAGGAAUCCAUCAGCAGUUUCCCUAACACCAGAGACAUUUGUUGAAUUAGUUCAGAGACGAAAACGAGAGGAAAUCUGGAUGGUUGACUUCUAUGCUCCAUGGUGUGGACCUUGUCAGGCUUUAAUGCCAGAAUGGAAAAAAAUGGCCAGGAUGUUAAAUGGAUUAAUCAGUGUAGGCAGUGUGGAUUGUCAAAAAUAUUAUUCUUUCUGUCACCAAGAAAGUGUUCGGGGAUAUCCUGAAAUAAGACUCUUUCCUCAAAAAUCAAACUCGGCUCAUCAGUAUUUUAGCUACAAUGGAUGGCACAGAGAUUCCUAUUCACUGAGAGCCUGGGCAUUGGGGUAUCUACCACAAGUGUCUGUGGACCUGACUCCUCAGAGUUUCACAGAAAAAGUUCUGAAUGGAAAAGAUCACUGGGUCAUUGAUUUUUAUGCUCCUUGGUGUGGACCUUGCCAAAAUUUUGCUCCUGAGUUUGAGAUCCUUGCAAGGAUGGUUAAAGGAAAAGUAAAAGCUGGAAAAGUGGACUGUCAGGCAUAUGCUCAGACCUGUCAAACUGCUGAUAUCAGAGCCUAUCCUACUGUUAAGUUUUAUCCCUACCAAGGAACAAAGAAAAGUAUUCUUGGGGAAUAUAUAGACAGCAGAGACGCAAAAGGUAUUGCUGACCUUUUGAAUGAAAAAUUAGAAGCAAUUCAAAAUAAAGGAAAAAGAAAAAAAUCUAGAAAUAAGGAUGAACUCUAAGUGGCACUGGAGGUAGAUAAGAUUGCAAAUAUUCUGAAGCUGUGAAAGUGGAAGACACCAUGAGGAAAAUAUAAGGCUGAUUACAUUCAUGACAGGAUAAAAGAGAUGAAAACUAGCUUGAGUUCCCAGGCAUAUGUGACUAUGAAUUCUGUUAAACAGUGCGGAGAUGAAAGCGUGUUGGUGGAGGCAUUCAGUGUUUCUGCAAAUGAAUUCUGCGUGUCCCUCUUCUGAUAUACCAACUACAAACAUUGGAGCUGACCAGAAAUGUGGACUGUAUCACUUUUGCCUACCCACUUACUAGUUCCUUAUCUUUUUCUGUCUCUUCAAACACUUUAAAUGUGGCACUCAGCCUGUGGCUGAAUAUGCACUCAAACCACUCUGCAAUGCAGAAACACAAUGAGGGAUUGUCUGUUUGAAAGACAAACAGUUUUACCUGAUGAAUAUUCUGCUUUGGGGUUGCAUUAUUGUCUAGUCAGUUGUUAAACAAAAUGAACUGGCAGCAGGAUAGGUUUAUUGAAUUACAUUGCUCCUGCCCCUGAGUAGAUUGUCUUGUGGCACUGGUGGUGGUGCCUGGAUGAACAGAACUUUGAGGAGCUUUAGUGGUUUGUGUUUUCCUUUAUUUUUUAAAUAAGAAAAAACAUCAAGGACUUUAGACUCAGUGUUUCAUUGACUUUCAAAAUUUUAAGUUAUGCCAUAGAAACAUCUGCUUAAGUUAUUAGGUCAUAACUGUAUUGUCUUUUUUACAUAUGAAUGUAUUCUGUGGAUAUAUUUAAUCUUUUCUGGUAUUACCACUUUUCUCUGCAGACAUGUUUUGGGGGUUUUGGUUUUUAUAUAAUCUUUAGGCAAGCAGGAUAGCAAGUGCCUUUUAAUUUAAUAAUGAACACUGUACAUUGCAAUGUCUCCUCAUUCAUCUUCAUAGAAUUUCUACUCUUUCGGGUAAUGUUUUUCAUAGCUUUUCAAUAGACAACAAAAUGUCUGGUGUUCAAAAUAUUUCACAUUUUCAAUAAAACGCUGAGAACUCAUCAGAUGGAUUUCUCCCUGCUCUCCAUGUAUUUAGAUUUGACUAGUCACUGUAGUGUGAGUAUUAUAAAUUUGUAAAUAUGUUAUCUACAAGUAAUUUAUUUUAUGAAGGAGGUAGCAAGAAAUAAAAGGAACAGAUUCUAGUGAAUGAGACAUUCAAAUGCUUCUUCCCCUGUGUUCAGGGUUGUCUGUUGCUUUGUGGUUUUGUAGUGCAUUAAUCUGAGAGAAAAGAAUGUAUUGCAUCUUUUAAUAAACCAUACAUUUUCACAUCUAAAUCAAAAUUCUAUCACAGUCAAAAGUGAAAAUUUUGGUAUUUGUGACAAAUACAGACUCUGUUUUGGUCAGUUUUUGUAUGUAUGUUUAUAACUUCAAUUCCCACUUCCUACCUUCUUGCUGGAGAAUGAGGUUAUGGUUACAUACUCCAGGAUCCUGCUGUUAAAAAUCAAAUAAAAAAUAACCUAGCAUAGGUAUUUGUACAGAUUCUUUAUUCCUGUGAAUGUACAGUUUUCCU